CAAUUGAGGGAACCCACUUCUCAUACACUGGAUCGAAAAAAUCCAAACCAAUCGUAUAAUAAAUCAGAAGAAGGAACGAAACAGAGAUGUGGACAAAUCUAAUGUCCCUUCUCAUUUAAGUUUGUUCCUUCUUUAGAUCUCUCUCUCUCUCUCUCUCUCUCUAAUGUCCCUUCUCAUGUAAGUUUGUUCCUUCUUUUAGAUCUCUCUCUCUCUCUCUCUCGUAAAGACUGGUCCCAGCAGGCAGGCAGCAGAUCCAAAUCUCCAAUUUUCAGGCAGUGUUUACUGCUCCAUUAUGAAGAUCCCAGCUUUUUUAUGACUUUUCAAAGUCACCCACUUCUGCUGUUCGAGCUCUUUGAGGCUCUGCUUUUGCCUAAUCGCUGAAUUCGUGGUUUUCAAAGGGGAGGCUCCAAGUGAGUGACUGGAAGUGGAACAAGUAUGGAGUGUACAGGCUUCCUCCAAGGAUGCUACUCCAGUAGAGAUCUUAAUAUGGGUGUUCAUGGCAGUGCACCGCCCCCAUGUAAUAACGAGAGGAUGUUCAAGAGCAGUUAUUGCUACAAUGUUUUCGUGCCAUCACUUAGUAGGGACCAGUUUUUAGUCCAUGAGAAGGAAAUAUUGAGACGGACAAUACUCAAGCAUGACCUGGUUUUCAGAGAUCAGGUCAGUGAACUUCACCGCCUUCAUAGAAGACAAAGGGAAUUGAUGGAUGAAAUUAGACGGGCAGAGAUUGCUAAGCAGAACUUACAAUUGCAGAGAUCACAGUCCAAUUCCUUAUCUGAUCAACGACAAUGGCAAACCCCAGGCUUACCUUGGGUAAACCUCGCUGCAAGUAGACCAUCUUUUUCAACAGCUGAAAACUUCCAAUCUACUUCAAGCUUUAUUGAGAGGAAAAGUACACGAGCAGAACUUGAUACGGUGUUAGCUGAAGCCAAUUUAGAAGAACGCAAGUUGUGGCAUUCCAAGUCUAAGAAGAAAAUGCUAGAUCUCGAGCUUCCAGCUGAUGAGUACAUUGAUAGUGAAGAGGAGGAUCUGUAUGGAAAUGAAAAGGCUUCUAAAGGUCCUGAGUUGCCUUGUUAUUCGUCAAAGAAACUGCCAGAGGAUUCACGGAAGAGUGAUCUUAAACUGUUUCCAUGCAGCAAUCUGCCCAACUCUAUUUGCCAUGGAGGUUCUUCUAGACCCGAUCCUUUCUUUAGAAUAACUAAUGAUUUCAUUGACUUGAAUGAACCGGUCUGGCUUAAGGCUGCAGCCGCUUCAAAUCCAUUCCGGCAGGGAAGGGAUGCAGAAACUUGCUUGAAGACCACGUAUCUGGAAGACAAGCAAGGAGAGCUUCUACCUAAUUGUGAUGAAUACGCAGGAAUGUUAUCCAUGCCAUGCAAACAAUUAAAAGUCGAACUCCCAGCUGAAUUCCCUACUGCCAAUCCCUUGGACGACUGUGAUAGAAAAUUGCAAGAUCAAGUUGCUGAUUCUGUCAGAGAAAAAUCAGAGAGAAAUGCUUCUCUCUCUGAUGAUGACUAUCGACAACUGGUCAGUCCUUGCUUACCCACCUCAUGCCGCCUUGUUCCUCAGUCUGAUGGGGUGAAGUCUCAGCCAUUUUCAUCCUGUCCAAAGCCAACACAUUAUGCAAAUCAGAACCCUAUAGCAGUUCAAGCCCUCCCGAGAUUUAACAGUGUUUUGCCAUCUUAUAUGAGCACUGAAUCAUCUUCGGGGAGUCCCCUGCUUAAUGGAAACAGGUCUGAUUGUAGCAGAAACAUGAAUAGACCUGGUGUCGGAAGUUUCAGCCCUCCUCAGAACAGCCAUUGGUUUGGCUCCCAGUUAGAGACCACAACAGCAGCUAGCUUGCCAUCAAUCGGUUUUAGUCACCCGAACUAUGAUACUGCCACUGUCCAUAUGAACUGCUUUCAGAGGCCUGCUGCUGGGGAUCCGAAUUCUGCAAAGAUUAUGGAUUUGAAUAUGCCUCCCGACGUUGAGACUGCAAAUGGAGUGGAGAAGAUUGAAGAAUCACAAGCUACGUUGCUCGUGCCUCAAGAAAAGCUAGAUUAUGAUAACACACCAAACGAGGAGAAAGAAGAUUUAUCACGGAUAGAUUUGGCCUCUUCACAAGCUUCUUCGACAUCUGUCUCUCAUGCCGGGCCAAAGAGGUUGAAGACUAGGGACUGCGCGGGUGAUGAAAAUAUUCUUGUAUCUGACAAUUUUGACAAGCCUGGUGUCUGCACCAGCCAAUUUCCUCAUCUUUCUUCCUCUUCCAAUUUCCAUCCAGAUGCGUCUGAAAAAAAGAACACUCAAAGUAGUCUGAAAGAUGGAAUGGUUAAUGGCUACUCGGCUAGCAGUCCUCCAGCCAGCUCCGGGAAACUGUGCACUGCAGAUAAUGUAUCUGUAGAUAUCAUGGCUGAUACCAAGCUUUCAGGGCUUGGAAAUCAAAUUGACUUGAACUCCUGCAUAAUUGAAAACGAACCCUUGCCAAUUGUCAAAGUGAAAAACGCCAUAGAAAUAGAUCUGGAAGCACCUGUUAGUCCUGAAAACCAGGAGCGUUCACCUCCCAGGGGAGACUCCGAGGAAAACCAACUGUACACACAUUUCCAGUUGUCAGAAAUGGAAGAUAGGGACCAGAAGGACGAACUUGUCAGGAUGGCAGCAGAGGCUAUAGUCUUGAUUUCAGCACCUUCUUCCGCAAGCUGUCGGUAGAGAAC